UCAUUUUCCGUUCCCAUUGUAGGAACCAUUUAACCAGUUUUAUCCGGCCAAAUCGCGGUUGCUAACCUAAACUUUCGUGAACUCUCGAGCGAACGAACAGCAGUCGACGAGUGCCGAUUGUCGUGUUAACAACAACAAAUAUAGCUUUCGAUAGCAGGGUCGCCGUUUAUUUGUUUUCUUUAUUCCAUCAAAAGGGCCGCAUUGUCUUUUUUCCGUAUCAUUGUUAACUCUAAACAUUUAAAACAAGAAAAAAUGCGUUUGGUAAUUCAAGAGAAUUCCGACCUGGUAACCGACUGGGCCGCUCGUUAUGUCUUGAAACGGGUGAAAGAUUUCAAUCCAGGACCUGACAAUUUUUUCGUGCUUGGUCUGCCAACUGGAAGUACUCCUCUGGGCAUGUACCGCAAGCUGAUCGAGUUCCACAAGCAAGGUCGUAUCUCGUUCCGGUACGUCAAGACUUUCAACAUGGAUGAAUACGUGAACCUUCCACGCGAACACCCAGAAUCCUACCACUACUUCAUGUGGAAUAAUUUCUUCAAACACAUUGAUAUUCUACCAGAAAACGUUCACAUUUUGGACGGUAACGCAGCUGACCUGCAAGCCGAAUGCCUUGCGUAUGAAGAGAAAAUUAAAGAAGCUGGUGGAGUCCACCUGUUCGUCGGAGGCAUCGGCCCCGAUGGACACAUAGCUUUCAAUGAACCGGGUUCUUCGCUCGUAUCCAGGACUCGCCUGAAGACUUUGGCACAAGAUACGAUCAUUGCCAAUGCUAGAUUUUUUAACAACGAUCUGUCUAAAGUUCCCAAACAAGCUCUGACGGUUGGUGUAGGUACCGUCAUGGACGCCAAUGAGGUUAUGGUGCUAAUUACCGGUGCCCAUAAAGCCCUGGCGCUCUACAAGGCCGUCGAGGAAGGAGUAAAUCACAUGUGGACCGUCUCGGCUAUCCAGCAGCAUCCUCGUGCUCUCCUCAUUUGCGAUGAGGACGCCACUCUGGAACUGAAAGUCAAAACGGUUAAAUACUUCAAGAAUUUAUGGGACGUUCACAGCAAACUGGUCGACCCUUUAGAUGACAUCAAAUCUCAAGAUGGAGCCGAUGUUUAAGAUGACAAACAAAAACAAACGCUGUCCUUAAAAAAAGAAAGUUCCCUCGUUGCCGCCCGAAUUUUUUGUUUGUUUUGAAGUAGAGAAAAAGAAAAAUUAUAUGAAAUAUAUAUCGAGGACAGCCUUUUGGUGUGCUUAUGUGCGAAGUGUCCCUGUGUUCGCACCGUAUCACUAUCACACAAUUUUUUUUUUGAUCGAUUUCCUUCUGAAAUAUUUACCUAAAAUACUUUUAAUUGGUUGGUGUUUAGAGAAGAUUUAAAAACAACAGUUGAAAUGGACUCUUUUCUUUUAUAUGUCGUUCUAUUAUUUUCUCUUCGUUUUUGGGAGUUUCAUCCAAUAAAAAAAAAGAUACAAGACAUUCAAAAAAAAAAAACAUCGAAAUUUCCGCCAAGCAAAUAAUGGUUGUCGCUUAAUUAUGUAUAAAAUAUAUAGAAAAAAAAAUGGGGUAUUCGCCCUCCAUUGUCCUUCUCAAUCCCCAAUCUCCCCGGCACGAGUUCAGGAAAGACAAAAGGAAAUUGGAAA